UCUCUCUAUAUCUAUCUCUAUAUAUAUAUAUAGACUGAGUCGCUCAGUGUGAUUUCCUCCUUUCGCUUUUCAACAUUUCUUCACUUACUCUGAGCCCCAAUAGAGCCAUGUUUUUGUGUUUAAAUGCAUUUUAUUGGGUCCUGGAGGACCGAUCUGUGUAGAUAAGGGACACAGAGCUGCUUUGGGAGCUCAGUGCGAUCAUAUCAUUUUCGCGUUUCUGAAGGCAUACUCGUUGGGUUCUACAAGUUGUCAUCCCAUGAAGCAGUCUGUGGUCAAUGAUGAGAAUAAAUCCUCAAAUGUCCGGGAUCACAGUUCACGGAUCACGCGAUCCCGUGCAAAAGCUUUGGGCUUGUCCGGGGGAUUGCCGCCUCUACAUCCUUCAGCAAAACAAGAUAAUAAGCCUGUUUCGCGAGCAAACUCAAAAAGAUCAGCAGCAUCGAGCAGCAACAAACCAGCAAUGUCCUCAGCUGCUUGUCCUCCACAAAAGAAAAGGGCUGUCCUUAAGGAUGUCACUAACAUCACAUGCGGAGAUCUGUACAGAAGCAUCAGUGCAACUAAAGGGCAGCCUAGCAGGCAGGAGAAAAAGAACACUACACAAAAGCAGGUACAUGUGACACCUCCAAAGGAUCCAGGAAAUGGGAGGGAAAACAUUGUGGAUGAAAACAUCAAAGUAGCAGAGAAGGAAAAGCUAGAAACUGGAUCAACAUUGAGCCAGAUAUCUAAUCCAAUUGAAUCUAUCAAAGCAAACACAUUAAGUGUAGUUUGUAAGAUGAUUGAUUCCAGUCAAAAUGUUUCACAGAUAAGUCCAUCUAGUAGAGAAGGCAGUGAGCUUUGCAUGCAACAGGAGAGCUCAGACGAUGGGAGUGUUAUUGACAUAGACUCCAAACACAUGGAUCCACUGAUGUGUAGCCUGUAUGCGGCUGAUAUAUUUUCUAAUUUGUAUACUAGACAGGUGGACCGUAGGCCCUUGGCUGGUUAUAUGGAAAAAUUGCAGCGAGAUAUCAAUCAAGGCAUGCGGGGCAUUCUUGUUGAUUGGCUUGUGGAGGUUUCUGAAGAAUAUAGACUGGUACCUGAUACACUUUACCUGACUGUAAAUCUUAUAGACAGAUUCCUAUCUGAGAAUUAUAUUGAGAAGCAAAAGUUGCAACUUCUUGGAGUAACCUGCAUGCUCAUUUCGGCGAAAUACGAAGAAAUUUGUGCACCUCGAGUGGAAGAGUUUUGCUUUAUCACAGACAAUACCUACACAAAAGAAGAGGUAGUAGACAUGGAAAGCCGAGUUCUGAACUAUCUUGCUUUCCAGUUAUCUGUUCCCACAACAAAGAAAUUCCUCAGGAGGUUCAUUCAAGCUGCACAAGUUUCUUAUAAGGCUCCUUCCGUCGAGCUGGAGUUCUUGGCGAACUAUUUAGCAGAACUAACUUUAAUUGACUACAACUUCCUCAAGUAUCUUCCAUCACUCAUUGCUGCCUCUGCUGUAUUUCUCGCCAGAUGGACACUUGAUCAGUCAGAUCAUCCAUGGAAUCCAACUCUGGAGCACUACACAAGGUACAAAUCACCAGAGCUGAAAAAUGCAGUUUUUGAAUUGCAAGACCUGCAAUUGAACGUCAACCGGUGCAUGCUGAAUGCCAUUCGAGAAAAAUACAAGCAAUCUAAGUUCAUGUGUGUCUCGACUCUCCGUUCAGCCAAACCUGUCCAAACUCUCUUCUAGAACCAACCAACUCACCCUGACGACGUACCUAUAUUUUGCUUACUGCUGCAACUAACUACUCAUCCUCCUCAACCCUUGCGGCACCUGAACAGGUAGAUAUCAAGAACUAGUCGACAGCGCCACCGGCAUUCUCAUUUUUUCGUCUUGCAAGCCCACCUCACCUCAACCAACCAACCAACCAUUGUUGUAGUUUCUGUAAUCGGUUCUGGUGCUUCCAGAUUGUGGCUGUGUAAUGGCUAAGUGUAAAGGCAAGAAUGAUGCGAGUGAUUUGAUAUGAUAUGAUAUGAUCAUAUUCAACUGCUUAUUUACAUAAAAAAAAAAAAAAAAAAAAAAAAAAAAAAAAAAAAAACAUUACAUUUGAUGUUGAAAUUACUGUAUUAAGCAGCUAACUACUCGCUGGCUUUUGUAGCUACUUGAAAAGAUUCUCCUCAUAACUGAA